AUGAAAGCUCAUUACUCUCCCUCCAACGCCUUGCUGGACUUUGACCGGGAGGUCGACCCUCUCUCCUUGUUCUCGGAAAAGAGCCCUUUUACCAACAAUACUGUAUACUCGGUACCCGGCAUGUCGACGAAGAGAACCUCCGAUUGGGAGAGCAAUCCCCCUGGCAGCUCUGGCAGCAGAUCGUUGGACCCCUCCACCUUGGUAGGUCUGACAGGGAUUCCUGUCAGCUCGUCUACCGGUCAUCCUCAUUCGACUUGCGUCAACCCACAGGCAGGCUAUGUCCCAGCCCACGCGCACUCUGUAACAUUCUUAGCCCCCGAAAGCUAUUUAUCAGACCAGCGGGACUCCACAAACGACCCGAUGGAUUCUCUGUACAACUGGUCCAACUCCUCAAACGCGGAAGAAUUGAAACCUUCCCCCUCGGUGGAUCCUACCAUGUGCUCGGCCUCGACGUCGCCCUUCAUGCCACCAUACUAUAGCUUCGGGCCGCCGACACCAUCAAUGCAUUCAGAAAUUCAAGCAAGCAAUGGAUACACCCCGCAACAAAUCAACAAGUGGUGUAUGGAGAGUGAUCCGGCCGGCAGCUUCUACCAGCCCACAACGACAUAUCCGGCCAUGAGCCCACUCGCCUUCCCUCCCGCGGAGAUGUCCCCAAACGUCUACUCGGGUCUCAACGACAGCGUGAGCACCUCCGCUGAGCAUUGGUUGUCCAUUCCGGCACAGGAUGCCAGCUUCCUCUCACCUUCUGCCACCGCCAUCUCUAUCGACUCUUCGUCCGCCAUCAGCACGUCACCGGCCCCCACUCUCUCCGAUUUUGAGUACAAGUCAUCCUCGCCCCCUUUCAACCCGGCCGAUCUGACGCGGUAUGGAAUCCCUGCGGGUGAGGGGGUUUGGCGCUGUGCCCACCCUGGGUGCACCUCGCAGGCAUUGUUCCGACGUGGCUGCGAUCUGCGAAAGCACUUCAAUCGUCACCGCAAGCAUCUCUUCUGUCGACACGAGGGUUGCCCGCAGUCCAGGCAAGGCGGAUUCUCCAGCAAGAAAGAUCGUGCGCGCCAUGAGGCAAAGCAUAACCCCGGGAUUGUGUGCGAAUGGGAUGGGUGUGGACGGGUUUUCAGCCGAGUGGACAAUAUGAAAGAUCAUGUGCGACGGAUUCAUCGACGAGGCGGAAGUCGUUGA